UUUCCCCUUGUGGCACCACUGACGUUGUCUUUUAAUUUAUUCGACGAACAUUAAGAUCAAGAUCUGGUGUUUAUUGACAUUGUUUACAUAUUAUAUCGUCGCAUCUUGAAUCCUUUAGUCGCAUAUUAAACGUUGUUUGUGAAUAUGAAGAUUUUGUUUGUGGUCAUUUGGUUUGCUUUCGUCAAAGCUCAGUAUGAGGUACCCGAUGCGGUAGUAGAAGUGUACGAGCCUAAAGGCUUCACAGUGUCAAUACCAGAUGAGGAAGGUAUAAAGCUAUUUGCGUUCCAUGGAAAGAUAAAUGAAGACUUUGAUGGCCUAGAAGCUGGAACAUUCGCAAGGGAUAUCUUAAAACCAAGGAAUGGAUCUUGGACAUUUAGGGACAGAGAGACCAGACUAAAGAAGGGUGAUAUAAUAUACUACUGGUUGUAUGUUGAUUAUAAUAAUGGAAGAAAUACUUUGGGUUAUCGUAAAACAGAUCAGCAAUACGAAGUUAGAGAAUUUUCUAAUAAUCCCAAUGCGCCUGUAAAUAGAGUAAAGCCAACAACUGAGCCAACAUCUACGGCUAAACUCAUAUUAUUUGAUGACUUUUCGACUAAAAGAGAUGAUUUUUGGACAGUGGAACAGAGAUACGCAGAUGCACCGGAUUAUGAGUUUGUGUUAUAUGUCAACAAACCAGAAGUUUUUCAAAUAAAAGACAGCAAUUUACACAUAAGGCCAGUUCCAUCGGAGGAUAUCUUUGGUAAUGGAUUUUUAACAUCGGAAUACGAUCUUGGCAACAGCUGCACGGCUCCUAUAGGUACCACAGAUUGUAAAAGAAAAUAUGAUGCAGGCUUUAUUUUACCACCGAUCGCAUCAGCACAAUUAACAACUAAAAACAAAGUUGCAUUUAAAUAUGGAAAAAUUGAGGUGCGUGCUAAGCUUCCUAAAGGAGACUGGAUUUAUCCAGAGAUUUACUUGACUCCAGCUAAUGAAAAGUAUGGAUUGAAAAGUCAAUCAGGUCAAAUAAGAAUAGCUUUUACACCUGGAAAUAGUGAUUUGAAUCACGUUCUUCACGGAGGACUCACUAUUGGUCGUAGCGUUGCAGCUACGAACUACUUUGAUAAAACCAUAGAAAGUAAGAUGUCUUCAUGGUCAGAUGACUUUCAUACAUUUAGGGUAGACUGGAAACCAAAUGAAAUAAGUUUCAGUGUAGAUGGUACAGUCUACGGAAACAUAUAUCCUCCAGCCAGAGGUCUUGCAUCACUAGGACCAACAUUAAAUCUAAAUACUGAUAAAUGGAAAGAAGGAACUCUAAUGGCACCUUUCGACCAGGAAAUGUACCUAACGCUAGGAGUUGGAGUCGGUGGAUUUGUAUUUAAAGAGAGUCCAUCAAAGCCUUGGAGAAAUGGGGAGAGGAAUAGUUUUCAAGUAUUUAAUUCUGCUCGACAGCAAUGGCAGCGAACAUGGUCAGAUGACAGUAAAUUAGAAGUUGAAUAUGUUCAAAUUACUUCUCUUGAAUCAGUAAGAGACGUACGGAACAGAGAAGAAAUUCCAGAAGACUGGAAAAGGGCAAUUAUAUGCCCAGUCAACAACAAGGGAGACAAACACAACACAAAAAAAGAAUGUGUGUGUAAGAAGUACACAAACUUUGUACGCACAAACUCUUGGGUGAAAUAUAAUAAUUAUCCACAAAGAAUCACGCCAGAACGAAGACAGGGGCUAAAUAGAAAUAAUUAUUAUAGGUAUAAUGGACAGCGUACUAAUGGACAGAAGUUUAAUGGUAAUCCAGUUACUUUCUUCGGGCCGGACAGAGAACAGGCACAGGGAUUAUUUAACCAGUUUAAGAACAGCGUAUCAGAAUACCAACAAAAAAAUGGAGGAAAUGGAGAAAUAAAAGUACUGAAUCCAUCUAAUAUUGCAGAUCUAGCAAAUAUAUUUACCAAAAAUCUUCAAAAGACUCAAAAUCCGAACAACAAUUUUUUACCAAUUGUCAAAGUUCGAUAUGAAGAUGGUCCAGAAGGUCCAGAAAAUAUUUAUCAAAUUAUUCCGAACAAACGAAAUUCUGCAGAUUUAAGCAAGACUUUAGUUGAUUUAUGGAAUAAUAUCACGGAACCAAAUAAUACAAAUACUUUUUCACCCACUCCUCCUUCAGAAUCUACAGGUUACGAUGAAAGUACUGAAGACGAUUCUCCAAUUACAACUACAUCCGAGAAACCAAUAUCAAAACCUAAACCGAUACCGAAACCUAAGCCAAAUAAAAAUAAUAACAAAGUUUGUCAGAAAUCCAAAACGUACGUAGAAGGAGAAAAACAAUGUAAAGGAAAAUUAAUAUUUUCCGAAGAUUUUUCAUCAUUAAACACACACGUGUGGAAUAUUGAACAUAUAUUUGCAGCAGCACCGGAUUACGAGUUUACCAUAUACGUUAACCGUCCGGAUGUAUAUUCAAUCACGGAUAACUAUAUACAACUGGCACCGGUAAGAACAGAGGACAUUUUUGGUCCGAGUGUUCUAGGUUAUGAUGGUAGCCUAGACUUGGGCAAAGAUUGUACUGGAAGAGCAGGUCCUCCAGAUUGUAGAAUGAUCAACGCAGGAGGAUUUAUAGUACCGAUUUAUUCAUCCUUCAGAAUGAAUACAAAAAAUAAAUUUAAUUUCAAGUAUGGAAUUGUCGAAAUAAGAGCUAAAUUGCCGGCAGGUGAUUGGCUGUAUCCAAUUUUGUAUCUCAAUCCAUCAGCGGAAACUUACGGUAAAUAUUACGCAUCUGGACAAAUGCGUAUUGCUUAUAUUGAAGGUAAUACUGGUGCUAACCAUAUCCUUAAAGGUGGAGUUAUAUUAGGAGAUAGUGAACCAGCAAGAAAUUACUAUAUGAUGAAUACUACUAAGGACAGCAGCUGGGCAGAUACUUUUCACAAAUACCGAUUAGAAUGGAGACCUGAAACUAUCAUCUUAAGUGUUGAUAACAGGGUCUAUGGAAGAAUAGAACCACCAGAAGGGGGUUUUCUGGCGAAGGCGUCAGAAUUGCAAAUAGGACAUUCAGAAGGCUGGCGCCAGGGAGCAAAGUUGGCUCCUUUUGAUAAAGAGAUGUAUCUACAGAUUGGUGUUGGCAUAGGAGGUCUUAAUUUUCCCGAUAGAUCAGAUAGGCAUAAGCCUUGGAGAAAUAGGGAAAGGCUUAUGGUAAAAAAAUUCUAUGAAGCCCACGACGAAUGGUUGCCUACCUGGGAUGAAGGAAAAAGCGCUUUAAAAAUUGAUUACAUUAAAGUAUGGGCCUUAUAAUAUUUUGUA